CGUUGUUUGAUAUAAUCCGGCACAUUUGAAGCAUCAAAAACUAGAAAAUGAAAGUGAGCUUCUUACCGCUACUUGCUUUAGUGGUUUCUACGGUAUUUGCCGCAGAACCAUUCAUUAGUAAUGCACAAACAACGGACAACUCUGAGUCUGAACAUCAGCACACAAACAACUGGGCAGUGAUCAUAUCUACCUCUAGGUUUUGGUUUAACUACAGACAUAUGGCAAACUCGUUAUCCAUGUAUCGUACAGUUAAAAGACUUGGUAUUCCAGAUUCACAGAUCAUCCUCAUGCUAAGUGAUGAUAUUGCAUGUAACCCAAGAAAUGCUUUCCAGGGUGAAGUUUUUAACAAUGCAGAUAGACAAUUGGAGCUAUAUGGUGACAAUAUCAAAGUAGACUACAGAGGAUAUGAAGUGACAGUUGAGAAUUUUAUUCGUUUAUUAACGGAUCGUUGGCCAAAAGAACAGCCAAGAAGUAAAAGGCUUUUGACAGAUGAAAACUCUAACAUAUUCAUAUACCUUACGGGCCAUGGCGGUGAUGAAUUUUUAAAGUUCCAAGAUGCUGAGGAAAUUUCCAGUUAUGAUAUUGCCGAUGCAUUUGAACAGAUGUAUGAAAAGAAGAGAUACAAUGAAAUUUUUUUCAUGAUUGAUACUUGUCAGGCUAACACCAUGUAUUCCAAAUUUUAUUCUCCUAACAUAAUUUCUUGCGGAUCAAGCGCCUUACAUGAAUCUUCGUAUUCCCAUCAUUCUGACACGGAAAUAGGAGUUGCAGUCAUUGAUCGGUUUACGUAUUAUACUUUAGAAUUUUUGGAAAAUAUCACUACAACCUCCAAGUCGACGUUACAAGAUCUAUUUGAUUCUUACACGUAUGAAAAGAUUCAUUCAAAUGUGGGAAUAAGUACAGAACUUUUUAACCGAGAUCCCAAGGACGUAUUGAUUACAGAUUUUUUUGGAAAUGUGCAGAAGACGGUGAUUGAUGAGCCAAGUGAAAAUUUACUUUAUGUUUACGAUGGCGAUGAGAUUGACUAUAGUGCGGAGACUAAAUUGAGGAAAGUGUAUGAUGUGUCCGAUUCGAAACGUCCCAAUGCUACCACCAAGUCUUCAAUCAGAAACACUAGCUUCGGAUCUAAUAAUGUGAUAACGCUAGCAUGGAAGGAAAACACAGAUUAUUUUUACUCAUAUGCAUUAACUGCGAUGAUCAUUGUCACAUUCCUUUUUGCUUACAACAAGCUUUGAGGAAGUUUAAUGAUUUGACUUUAGACGUAUACAAAACAUUAUCUCUUGAUAGCUAUAUAGUGAGCAUGUUAAUUCAACACACAACGAGUUUGAAUAGCCUGAUGACAUCAGAUUUCAAGUUCUUGU